AUUCCAUGCCCUCUCUGGAGAAAUGGACAACGAGAAACAAGUGCUGGACGUGCCGUUGUAGGGGAUUUCACCAUCCACAAGCGAGACGGGGCUAGCAAGGAUUGGAUGAUCCAUGGAUCAAAUGAGCUUCGGCGAGGGCACAUGGACGACACGCUCACCACCAAACCUUCACCUUCAACUUCAUCUUCACUCCCAACCCAGAUCUCGACUUCAACCUUGACCACAACUACCACACCUUAUCCUCCUGCUCAUCACCAUCAUCCUUCUCUGCCGUACUAUACACUAGAUGCCCGGGGGACCCGUCAUGAUCUUGAUGCUCGCAGCCCUGCCGAUUUCCCACCGCGCCCUCCCUAUCCCCAUUUCUAUCCGGCCCGCAUUGCAGAUGCCAACCAUGACUUGACAUUAUUUCGGCCUCCGCUGCGCAAGAAACCCAAACUGUCCUCCAAUGCCCCUGCUCCCAAUUCAUCAUCCGUGCUACAGCCGUCCCCUGGAAUGCGCAAGCCAGUAGGAAUCUCAAAGACCUUGAGUGUUCCCUCCUUCAGCAUCUCCCUCGACCCCGACCCGAACGAUAAUCGUCCCUCUUCGUCUUCCGGGAUCAGCCAACCUUCCACCCCUUUACGUCGAACAAACUCUAAUACGCUCCAGCGAUCUCCUUCGCAAAAAAGACCCCCUGCCUCACACAGCAGCUACGGCGUCGAGACGGUCUGUGGCCCACCUCCGUCCUACAGCACGCAGCGAACCCUAUCGCAAGACCGCAUCCGACUGGAUCGAAACCCGUCCACGAGAUCUACGAACGAUACAACGCGUGACUCGUCCCCUUCCAAGGCCAAUGAACCCAUUCCAGCCGUCGAGCCUGCUCAAGCGCGACUGUCGCCCGUGAAACCAGAUCAGACCCCGUCAACGACCGACUCUUCGGCAGACGAGGCUACCACUCUGGAAGUAUCGAGCCCGGAGACCGCAGAUACACAGAGUGUGCUUACCCCCAACUCGACCAUGAGUCAAGAACAAGUCACGGCCGUGCUUCAGACCGACCUGCAAGAGAAGGAGAACUCUGAACCGCAAUUAUUAAAACCUAUAUCUUCUGAGGAGGACACCAAGGGUUCCAGUAGUGAUGAGAAGAAGAGUGAAGAUUUGUUUUUGAACAUUGCGAGGACCGACUCGUCGCGUGGGAAUCAGGUUCAAUCUAAACUUGACAAGAGGCGGUCGAGAGUUUCACUUCCUUUCUUUUCGAGUACGCGGCCUUCUACCGGCUACAAAUCUUCUCCCAUACAGGAGCGAUUCGACACUUCGAGUGUUGCUGGUCGAUCAGAGGCACUGAAUUACUACAGCAAGCGAUCUUCUCUAGGCCAACAUGUGCCGGGGGCGCUUUCGCGAACGUAUACCCAAGACGGCUCAAUCCGAGACGGGACUCUCGAAACCCAGAGUACUCAUCCUGCGGAUCUGCCUCGGAGAGCCACAUCAAGACGAUAUUCCACCACAAAUUCAAACACCAACACCAAUACAGAACCCGUGCGUACUUUUUCGCGCCCGAGUACAGCUCGGAACAGCCGCUUGGUCUCAGAGUCUGCAUUUCUUGAUCGGCCCCGCGUACCCGAUCACAAUGCCACCGAGUCAACCAUCUCCACAACCGCUCCUUCGACAGUUUGGGACGAGCUGGAUGAUCUGAAGUCGAGAAUCAGAAAGCUCGAACUUACUGGGAAGCUCCCACCGUCCUCGGCUGCAGCAAUGACAACGUCAGAGAGACCAAAGACGGCGACGACGGCAGCGACGACCAUGUCGUCCUCUCCAAAGCACAAGCCAGCAGUGGCGCAACUGCAAUCCGCGAUCGAAGGAAUCCCGUCUAAUAUCCAUCCGAAUCUCCACGAGGCGCUUGGUAAUGCCAAAGCUGUCCUCAGUAAUGAUGUUUAUCAGAAGCUACAAGCAACCGCUCAAGAUGCCUUACAAUUGUCCAUGAUGAUGAAUCCAGAAGGGCAUAGCGGCGCUGCAAGCACCAUUGGGAUCUCGUCGGUUUCGGAACGUCAAAUUCGUCGACGAACGGAAAGCAUGUGCAGAAGCUUGACGGAAUUGGCAAUAGCGAUACUGGCAGAUCACAAGCAGCCUCCUCAACCUGCGACGAGACCCGGUAGUCGCGAUGCAUUCCAGUCAGCUUCUACAGGUCUGCGGAGCCGCAGAUACAGCAACGAGCCUAAUGACCGACCUCCAGUCACCUCCCGUGUCCAGUCUCGGCUAGAGACUCGACGAACCAGCGCGCCGCUCGGGGCCACGUUGAACGCACAGACAACUUCACCUGAGAACCCAUAUCAGACACCGCCUACAGCCUUGCCUCAGAUAUCUAGCUCCACAUCGUCGCGCCUGGGCCGGACUUCAACUACCUUAGUACGGAGCAGGCGUACUCCUGGGUACAAUCUGGAUGGCACCACAGACGACGAGGAAAGCAGCCCUUCGGUCAGACCAGUGAGCCGGGCUAUGACAGAGGUGAGUACAUAUCGCCAAAUGGCGAGAGAUCGAGCAGCGUACUCGAGAGAAUACACCGCCCAACACCCCAUGCCUCAACACCCUGUCCCUGCGGCACUUGAAGCGACCAAUGUGACCAGAAGUCCGCUCCCUGCUCAUAUCAGCACGCAUCUGGUCCCGAGACGCAAGUAUGCCACGCCAUCGUCCAACGCAAGCAAUGUGGGUGCUCAAGAGCACACUCCUGUGACACCCAAAGAGCCUUGGGGUCGAAUAACGAUCGUCCCAGCCGCUACAUCUAGUCCGAUAGAGGCUACGCCCGAGAGCCAAGUCGCCAUUCGACCCUCGGCGACACGACGAAGUCUGGGGUUCACAAGUAGGAUCAGCAGUGUGAGUAGUCGACUUCGAGCCGCCAAAGCAGAGCGGAAUGCAACGACGAGAGAAACCACAGAAGCACGAGGAAUGAAAGAUAUUGCACCAUUGAGGCAAGAAUUGGAUAAUACCAUCCCAUUGGAAAGACAGGGCUCCGGACAGAGUGUUGAAUCCUGAGGACCAUGUCUCAUCAUCACCCCAAAUUGUAUCAUAUUUUGUACGAUGGAUAUCCCGGGAAGGCAGUCCUUCUCCAUUGAUUUCGCCGACACCAGCGGGCGAGAGCUCUGUGGCAGGUCUGGAACGAAAAUAGAUUGGGCUACUGUACAAGUGGCAUUGUGUUCUUUUACGGAUUUCUAGAAGCCCGUUUCCUG